CCGGUGCUGGUGCUAAGUCCUGACUUGCCUCCUCUUGGCAGCGCUAUAUAAGGCCCGGCCCGGCCCGACUCAGCCCAGACACCGCCGCCGGAGUCCAGCGUCUGGGCUGGACGAGGCACCGAGGCAAAUGUGCAAUACCAAGAUGUCCUCCCUUUCGGAUGCCUCCUCUGUCACCGCUUCGGAGCAAGAGGCGCUGGUUAAACCAAAGCCACUGUUGUUGAAAUUGUUAAAGUUAGCUGGUGCUGAAAAGGACACUUUUACUAUGAAGGAGGUAAUAUUCUAUAUUGGACAAUAUAUUAUGUCUAAGCAAUUAUAUGAUGAAAAACAGCAGCAUAUUGUACACUGUGCAAAUGAUCUCCUGGGGGAUUUAUUUGGAGUAACAAGCUUUUCAGUAAAAGAACACAGGAGACUAUAUUCAAUGAUUUCCAGAAAUCUGAUAGCAAUCAGUCAACAAGACUCUACCCUUGGUGACACACCUGAGGAUGAUGCCACAUCUCAGCCUGGAGAAGAAAAUGUUAUUAAGGAGUCUAUGCAAGAGUUAGAAGAGAAGCAGACUUCAUCAAAUGUGACUUCCCGACCAACUACAUCUUCUAGGAGGAGGACACACAGUGAAUCUGAAGAAAAUUCUUCAGAUGAUCUGCACAGUGACAGAAGAAAGCGACACAAGUCAGACAGCAUUUCGUUGACGUUUGAUGAAAGUCUCUCAUGGUGUGUAGUCAGUGGUCUGUGCCGUGAAAGAAGCAACAGCAGUGAUUCAACAGAUUCUCUUUCCAUUCCUGAUCUUGACGCUAGUUCAUUAAGCGAAAACUCUGAUUGGUUUGACCACAGUUCUGUAUCAGACCAGUUCAGUGUCGAAUUUGAAGUUGAGUCUAUUUAUUCAGAAGAUUAUAGCCAUAAUGAAGAAGGGCAGGAGCUCACAGAUGAAGAUGAUGAGGUUUAUCAGCUGACCAUUUACCAGGACGAAGAUAGUGAUGCUGAUUCAUUUGAUGAAGAUCCAGAGAUAUCUCUAGCUGAUUAUUGGAAGUGUCCCGAAUGUAACGAAAUGAAUCCUCCGCUUCCACGACAUUGCCACAGAUGCUGGGCCCUUCGUGAGGAUUGGCUCCCGGAUGAAAAGAGUGAGAAAUUGGAAAAGAGCGAAUUAGAAGCGUCCUUUCCUGCAGAUUCUGGGGAAGGUUUUGAUGUUCCUGACUGCAAGAAAACAAAAAUGACUGAAGAUAAAGAACCAGCUGUGGAUGAGAAUGAGGAUAAAGCAGUACAGCUUCCCGAGUCCCAGGAAAGUGAAGGUUAUUCCCAGCCAUCAACAUCAAGCAGCAUGUUCUGUAGCAGUCAGGAGGACUUUAAGGAACCCGAGAAGAGAGAAACGCAAGACAAAGAGGAAAGCAUGGAGUGCAGUCUGCCUGUUACCAGCGUAGAGCCAUGUGUCAUAUGUCAGAGCAGACCUAAAAAUGGCUGCAUAGUACACGGCAAAACGGGACACCUCAUGUCAUGUUUUACGUGUGCAAAAAAGCUCAAGAAGAGGAACAAACCCUGCCCAGUGUGCAGGCAGCCCAUACAAAUGAUUGUACUAACUUACUUUAGUUAGACACAUGUUGACUGGAAAGCUGCAAAAGAAACUUCAUAAACUGGUUAAGAGAGUAAGAAAUUAUUUUUGUAUGCUUCUUGGAAAAUUAAUAUUUUGUGUCUCUUGAUGUUCUGUUUGAAAAAUAAUUUCUGACAUAAAUGCACUGGAGUUAUUAAGAGGUUUGCCUAAUACUCAUAAGUCAACUUGGAGAUUUUAAAUCCCUAACAGUAGAAGUAACCAGGUCGUCUAAACCACCUGCCUCUCCAAGUGUUUAAUGUUCCAUGCAAGUUAGUGGCAUUUGUUUUAUUUAAUUAAAUGCACGCAUUUAAACCCCAAAUUCAAUGACUGUUGCAGAAGAGACAUAUUGAAAUGUUUAUUUCUGGAAGUUCCUAAUUUAAGAAAAUAGCUGAUUAUCUGGUUUCCAGUUUUUGUUUUCUGGUGAAGAUUUAAGCCUCAAUCAGACCCCUGUGAAUAAGUCAAUAAAAUGAAUAAGUAGAAUCUUUUCUUAAAUUCCUCCAAGUAACCAAAUUCUGUGGGAGAACUUACCAGGAAGUAAGGAAAGAAGUGGCAUAAAAUAAUACUUUGGAAACAGAGAAGGGUAUUGUGUGUCUUAUUUUUAUAGCGUGCAUUGUAAACUUAAGGCCUCUGUGUCCCCUGAGAAGUCAUUGAUCCAAGCUCACUCAUACAGUUCUCUCUCAAACAUCAUGAGAAACUGACAUUUGUGGGUUUGGAGGUCUGCACUGAUUAUGAUGAUUAUUAUUAUCAAUUUAGCAGCAUGAAACAAGUCUUGGGCAGACAACAUAAAUGAAGGAUAUACUAUGAACCAUCAUAUUAGGCACUAUUAGGGGACAGUUGUUUUCUUUUUCUGCACUUGUUUUUGACUUAGAAUACAUUCAGUUGCAUUGUUACAUCCACUGUAAUAAAAAUAGGAAAAAAAUCGACCUUCAUCUGCAAAAACAAUUAAGCUGUGCAGUUCCAGUUCACAUUCUUUAAGUGCAGUAGUCUUUCCAACUCACUGUUCUUAUCUGUAUCACAAGAAUUCUGAAAAUCUUUUGCAAGGUGUUUGGCCAGCUCAGAGUUGGUCUUGUUGGACCUGUCCUCUUCUGCUUUUAGCUCUUGCCUGCUCACUGUACUUUGUCAAAGACUUGGUGAAGCUUAGAGUUCUGUGCCCAGGGAGUCUGCUGCCUGCCUCCGUUCUGGAGGUCUUCAGGCGAGGUAGUGCGAGUGUGGGAACCAGGAUGCGGUAAAGAACACUCAGCUGCUUUUCACAUGGAGUUUCUGUACCCAGUGAGUGAUAACUUAUUCCUUUGGAAAACUGUGCUACAAGAGGACUUGUAUAUUUUUAGCACCUUUUAUUUUUACAGGUAGUUGCUGAUUGUCUGCCCAAUAGGGAACGGCAGAUAAACAGGGGAGUGCCAAGAGUGGAGAUGUAGUCCAAGUGCAGGAAUUGUGCUCUCUUGCCAUCUUACAGGCCAAGGCUCAACAGCUUCCCUAACACCAGCAGUAUAAAAUUGCUGUGUGCUGGCACAGAGACUUCUAUUGCCCUCCUUAACUCCAGGGCUGACUGGAAGUACCCAGGAAAGAACAUAAAGACAGAGAGGAGAGACUUAGUAUUCUGUGGUUGUGACUUGGUUGAAAAGUAGUAACGUCAUAGGUAAGGACUGAAUUAUUUGGAUAAUUCACAUUUUGUUCAUACAUUUGAGCUAUUUCUUUAAAAAUACCACUAAAAGAUACUGGUCUACCUGAAGUUCUAACGUAGUUCAUUUUAACUAAAUAAAACAUAAAGCCCAGUUGUAUACAUUGAAAUUCUUACUUGCAAGUUUCUUGCCUCCUGCAAUUUGUAAAGGGACAGCAGGUCGCUGGAAGUUCUUGGAAGUCUUUUCUUCAGCAGAAACCUUUCAUGGGUUUUACAGGAUUUGAUAAUCCUUCAGCCUGAGAUAGGAGAAGGCCUUUGGGCAGAGAGUUAAUUUUUUCAUGUAGGGAUACUAAUAGAGGGCUAAAAUUAAUGUUUUUUAUUUAAUUUUUGAUUUGAUAAACUUAAGUGCAGUGAGGCUUGCAGAGGCUCUUCAUUGCACCUGCAGGUGAGAGGGAACUGUAGCUGUGUAUAUGCAGAAGCAUCAAUAACAUGGGGACCGUACCUAAAAAGUUUCAUCUUACGAAGCUUUGUCCAUUGCAUUGUCUCCCGUCUUCCCCUCAGUGUGAUGCUCACUGCCCUGGGUCUGUUACUGCAGUGCUGGGGGAGCAGCUGUCCAUACCUAGUUCCUCUUGGGACAAAUUGUACCAUCCACUCUUGGCAUUCUUUUCCAGUCACAUGCCUUCUGUUGCAGAGAAUAGCCCAGGAAAUACCUUCCACAUGCUACAAUGGCGAGGAAAGGGGGAAUUUCAAUUUCUGCAUCUGCAAAUCAUUGCGUCAAGUAUUUUGGUUUGAGUUACAUUUUAUGGCUUAAUAUUAUUUUUAAUGACUUGUAAUACAACUUUAAUUUGUUUGGUGUGGGUGCAAAGCCUUCUGAAAGGAAGUGAUGGGUGUUGAUGCCUGUUCUGUUGGGGACACUGGUAGGCGAGUGCAAGUGCAGGCCUGGUGCCCAGGGGCUGUGUCACAGUGAUUCCCAUGGUGACAUCCAUGGUGACUGCCGGCUGUGGCCCGGAGCCUUUGGCUCUGCCUCCACCCUGUCUCCCAGCCUGGCUGUGCUCUGUGUGUGGGCACGAGCAGUGAGCACCUUGCUUGUUCUGGCCCUUAAACACAUUUCUGGCCUUGGGUAGUGGCACAAAAGUGAGCAAAGUUUUGGUACAAAAGUUGUUCCUCCUCGGUGAGGUGUUUGAGAUCCUUAUUUAAUGUCACACACAUUUUAAUCUUUAAUUUAUUGCUGUUUGUAAAUAUCUUUGUGCUCACAGUUGAUGUGUUGAGCUCUAAUUUAUUUAAUUAGUCUACUGGUACAUGUGUAGUUAUAUAAAAAUGCUUAUUUAGUAAAUCACAGGCACAAGAAGAUAUUUUAAGAAAUGUAGCAUUAAAAUACAGAUAAAUACUUAUGUUAUAUUCAGAUUAAGAAGGGCAGAGGAAGAUUUAUGUCUAUGUUUCCUUUUCCCUUCCCUUAAAGCGACUUCUGCAUUGAACCUGAACAAGAUUUAUUAAAUAGAGAAGGUGCUGGUGCAACAUGAGCAUAGUGAAAAUAUUUUGGUGGUGUUUUGCUUUCCUUUGGACUGCUUUUGCAUCCCUCCGUACAGGAAGGAGCUGACUGACUGCUUCCGGGUGCUGGUAACAUUGGGGGUGAUGGUCCAGGAGAUGCAGGAUAGAGAUGAGAGGCUUUAAGGUUAACUUGGAAGGUGCUAAUCGCUUUUGCCUUCGGAUGUGUGACCAAGAAGGUUGCAGGGGAGACUAGAUGCCCACAGGAUGUGACUGUGUGCGAUUUUCAGUAAUUUUCUUAGUCUCUUCCUUCUUGCACAUCAGGUAGACAAUAGUUAUGUACAAAUGGUGCAAGAACUUCCAUUUAUUCUUUUUUAGAAAGUACAAUAAACCUACUUCUUGUUUAAAUACAAGUCUUUAACUGUUUACCUACGUGUUAGUAUUGACAUUAUAUUAGUAUUGAAAUUCACCCCACACUGGCAGGAUCCUGGGCUGAGCCAUCCUGUUCCUCUUCCCUUAGCAGAUGAUUUAGAAGGGGUAAAAGUGCUUCAAAAUGCCCACUGCUGAAAAGCUUACAUUUCAUCUGAGAGUAUGGUACGAUUUUCAUCAGUGAGUUCUGUUUGCUGUACGUUUAUUCAAAUGUCACUGUCUCUGAAGUGUCUGUGGGUAUGAAGAGGCUUGUAGGACUUCUGGCAGAUUUUUUUCUCUUUUGUGACUAAUGCAAGGAAGAGGAAAUUCACCGUUCUUAACAGAAAGUGUCAACAAGAAUAAUUGUUUCAAAAAAUUGUAUGUUACAAAAGAGAGAUUAGAAAACUAUUAGAAGCCUAAUGAAACUGAGUAAACCGAAUAAAUAGGAUAAAAGCAGGGGUGAAGAUUUUUUUUUCUUCCCCAUCUUAAUCUAAGGCUACUGUUGUGUUAGGGUGUAACAUUAGGUAGAGUUUAUAAUUUUUGAGCAGGUUAUUUAUUCAGCAUAUUGACUUGCCACAUACAUGGUGGGGCCGGAGUUAUUAGCCCUUAUCCCAGGAAGCUAUGGCAUUUUGUUGUGCAACAUCUGGCCUAAAAAGGGGGCAUUUGCUGUUGUGGGACUUCCCUGUGGGAAGGAGCAUGGGACACGUUCAUGGGACUUGUGGACAUGCAGUGUUGUCGUGGAGAGUCUGUAGGGCAGCCUUGGUCCUUCCUGCAGCACAACAGAGCCUUGCUGGAGCAGCAGCCUUCUCCUCUCCAGGGGAUUACCUGCCCUGCCCUGCUUUCCAGCUCCUCCAUACCAGAGUCCAAGGCAUAGUUUGUUCUUUGAAGGUUGCACAAGCAAAGCACAAAACCCAGAUUGAUGUUUUAACAGUUGCACUUGCUGAACAUGAAAAAUUGUUGCUAAAGUGUGGGGGGGUAAGUUAGGGGGUUUUUUUAGCACUGAUGCGCUAAAAGCUUCAAGUGAAUGCUUCUUUAGUGUAUCUACAGCUAUAUUAUACUUGUGAAAUUUGUCAGUGAUACUUAAAAAGGUGGUUCCCCGUUUGAGUAGAUGUUUUAGCUUAACAGCCUGCUUUUAAAGGACAGUUCUUGAUCUUGAGGAUGAUCAUUACUUAACACCUGAAAUACCAAUAGCUUUUCUAAAGCCAGAAUUUUUGUUGUCUGACCACACAUAGCUGGGAUGACUGUUGAAUAGAGUAGUUCAUAGUGAAUUUAAAUAACUGCAACACGCCUUCAAGAGCUUGACCUGGUGCAUUACUGUCCAGCUAGUCAGUGCACGUAUGACCAGUCAGUAACCAUUAAAUGCAAGUAUCCACUCCAAUUGCACACAGUAUAGACCCAUUUAUAAGAAGUUUCACAUGUGUUGCAUUUAUCUUUCAGUUUUCCCUUUUCUGAUGAAAAUUGAGUACAGUGUUCCAUUUAAAAGCUUUAAAUAAAGGUUUGUUUAUAUACUCCA